GCUUGCUUGGUCACGUGCUACUGUUUAUGUUGCUCACGUUGUCAUUUUGCUUGCAGUUUUAUUGCGGUUAGAUGGUUCCGAAGUUGGAACUGUGCGAUGAUUCCGAACAUGAGAUUUAAUAGACCCGUCAUUAUUUGUGCGUGCUGUGCUGGUCUAAUUAUUAUUGGUAUUUAUUUGUCCUCGUCGAAGAGCUACAUAAGGGAAUCGUACGAUUACUUGGCAUCAUCUCACGCAUCUCAUGUUAGUUUGCAAGAACUGCUUAUUGUCGCAAUAGCUGCGGCUGAAAGAGGCGGAAAUGAAGUUAGAUUAGUUAGACGAAGCAAUUUAUUAAGUGAGAAGAGCAAAGGUAAAACGAAAGAAGGUGCCAAUGACCCUCUGACGGACGGCGACUUGAGAUCGCAUGAAGUCAUGUAUCAUGGGUUGUCUCAGGCAUUUCCCGGUGUCCAUAUAAUAUCGGAGGAACACGAUUCAACUGUACCUGACAACAUACCAGAUUUGAAGUCCGUCAAACCAGAGUCCGUGAAAGGUAUUGCUCUUGACGACGUUACUGUGCCUCGUGAGAGGGUUACAGUCUGGAUUGACCCGUUAGAUGCAACACAAGAGUACACAGAAAAUCUGCUUAACUACGUGACAACAAUGGUAUGUGUUGCUGUGGAUGGUCAGCCAGUGAUUGGUGUUAUUCACAAGCCCUUCAUGAAUGAAACAGCUUGGGCCUGGGUGGGUCAUCAGAUUUCGUCCACAUUGAAGACACAUUCUGAAGCCAAACGUGAGCACCCGGUCAUAAUUGUGUCAAGGUCACACGCUGGGACAGUGCAGACAAUGGCUAGAGAAGUCCUUGGACCGUCUGCAGAAAUUAUACCAGCUGGUGGUGCAGGCUACAAAGCGCUCGAAGUAGCGUCAGGAAAGGUAGACGCCUACAUACACACGACGCUCAUCAAAAAGUGGGACAUUUGUGCUGGAAAUGCAGUUUUAAAUGCCCUGGGUGGCCACAUGACGACACUCUCGGGAGGGGACUUGUACUAUGGUAAGAACGAUCCAAUUAAGGCAGAGGGCGGCAUCUUAGCCACAUUGCGUGAGCACUAUCAGUAUGUUAAGAAGUUCGAGGCACUUCAGUGAUGAAUACUGCUGCUCUCGGAACAAUGGAAAUGGGCAUUAUGUGAAUGUGGGUGUUUCGAAGUCGCCUGGGUCGAAGUGGAAAGGGGGUUGCUGCAGAUCUGUUAAGUGCCAACAUUUUUGUUGUCCACUUUACGAGAGGUGGUGUGCUGUGAGUGGACGUAGCUUUAGCAUCGUACGUAAACGACACGCUGUGGCUUACUGAAAUGUGACUUGCCGUAAUAAAAUGACCAACAGUGCACACACACACACCAGAAGAACAUACAUCUAAACGCUGGAGGGAUAAAGUUAUUAUACUCCAGACGAAAGAUGUAUAUUUAUGAUUAGGGCCUGACUUUUUUUGGGUUUUAUUUUUGGCCAAAUUCGGGGGGUAAAUAUCGGGUGAUAUUUUUCGUUUGAAAAUUCGGGCUGUAUUCGGGUUAAAUCCCGUUACGGCAUAUUCUGUCGUCAGGAAUUCGGGUGUAUUCGGGUGAUUUUUUCUUUGUUUAAUAUAAAUUUGUCUUAACGUGGAACUAAUGUUUAGCAGUGUUAUCAAACUUUAUUUUAAUGCACGCUUACGAGUGUGCCACGCGACCCGGAUGUUUUCGGGUAGAUUCGGGUUAAACCCGAAUUUUACAGAUUUCGUUCGGGGGGGGGUAAAUAUCGGGCGGAUACGGGUUUAACCCUAAAAAGUCAGGCCCUAUUUAUGAUGCAUGGCUGUGGCUCACUUUUUUGUCAUGUCACCUGAAGCUAGUUCGAAGAUUGUGUUGGCUAACAUACUUCCCUACCUACUACAUACGAAUGAAGUGCAAUUGACACAGACAUGGAAUUAGUGACACAUUUCUUUAUUACACAUUUUACGACACGCAGAAAGUGGUAAAUCUCUGUUAGUAGUGUUACGUGCUCCUCUUAAAUUUUUGUGUUCUGUGCUCUGCUCAUCAUUUUCCUGCCACUUCCAACCUUAUAGUCACGUGGUUUUUGUGGUAUGUAUAUUUAUUAUUGCUAUAGUUAUUAUGCUUAUAUAUAUUAUAUAGUUAUUAUAGUUAUUAGUUCAUCUGUGUUCGAGUGGUAAUUAUAAUAGGCUUAUGGGCAUUGUAUUUUGCUAGUGCUAUUUAAUGGCAGUUUAAUGACCAAAAAUAUGGACAGAAUAUGUUUUUGGCAGCUUCCUGUGUAGGACCUCAGACUGUUUCUGUACGAUGCUGCGUUGUGCUUCGUGCUAAAUUGGCAACAUCAGAAACCACCCUGUUUCCAGAGAACAUAAGAAGGUACAUUGAAGACUCACUGAAGUUCCGAGUGGGUCUGGCUUGACUUUUGUAACACAUUUUUAGAAAAAAAGUUGGGAAGGUAUUGUUAGGUUGUGUCAGAAUGAUUUUUCAAAGCUGGUAUUUGUGAGGAAACCAGUGACUCGGAUUAUCUGAAGGGCUGUGCACGGUUGGGCUUGCCCAUCUCCGUGCAUCCCAGUGUAUUUUUAGUGCAGCGUAAGUUACGACUAAACCAUGCUGUAGAUGAUGAACAUGUUGGUCGCUUUACUGUUACGUAGCUCUCGGCAUUUAGGGUUCGAGUGUAGCAUGCAAAUAAACAGUAUUUCAACGUUGUUACGGUAACGCUUUUGAGGAAUGACUGGUAGUGUUGUUAAGCAAAGAGUCAUCCUGAGGGCAUUACUUUGAAGUGAAUACUUGUACACUUUGAAGUGCAGGUGUUGUUGUGCAGCGUCUGAAGGCCUAUUGCCCUCAUUUUCAGUGGUUUUGCUGUUUGGAACUCCAGUCACGUCCAGCAAAAAAUUGUGAGGCAUCCAUUGUUAUGUAGUACUGUACGAAAAUUGCGCUUGUCCGCACCAAGUUUUUCCUAGGUAGAAAGCAAAGCUUUGAGAUAUGCGGAUGGAUUACACAAUUAUUACAUCCGUAUAUCUGAAACUUAAUGUGGCAACUCAGACCAUAAUGUGCCAAACUGUGCUAAAUGUGUCAAUGAGUUGGUUUAAAUAGACAGAGCUAAACGAGAACCAGCAGGUGAAGCAUGCGAGAGUAUAAAGUCUGUGUAAGUCUGAGGGCUGAAGAAGUGCAGCCUUCUGCAUGAAAGUCUCGUCUCAUUAAAAUUUAGAUGCUCUUA